AUGCAACGAUGGUUAUUGGCCCUGGAUGAGCCUGCAUCUAAUCCAUGCGGUAACACCGUCAUCAGCCACGAACCAUCGAGGUAUGAACAACUUAUAUCUGUAUGGCACAUUCAAUUACAAUAAAUGUUAUCGAUGACAUUGUUAAAAGUGUAUAUAUAAAACCAUGAAGUUUUAUAACGUACGGAAAUGGUAUUAAAUUGGAUCGUAACAGGGGAUGCCGGAACGCGGGAAGUUUUGUUCCAGUGCCGCAAUCACAACGGCCUUGGCAGUUUCAGGUGGGAAUCAAACUAAUUCCGACAGUGAAACUACCAAAUUGUCUUUGUAUGCGCCGAAUGAGCGAUUCACUUGCAAUUCUGACAAUCUGUACGCAUUCCGGUUACUCCAGUCAUUCCCCGCCACUAUCAGCUGGUUCAUAUUCUUGUUAUACAACAGCAGUCUCAGGUCAAAAUUUUUUUCGAGGAGUACCUUUAACAAUGAAGGAUCAAUUCAACGGAGGUCUUGCUGUAAUUCACGAGAGCGAGUCAAUUCCACGUCCUAUUUGGCCGACUACGUUCCCCAAUCCACGCGAAUUUUAUCAGAGCGACGAAAAUCCUGAAUAUGAUACUUUGUAUACAUGUUGCGGAUGCAGUUGUGCAUACACCUAUUCAUAUUGCGAUUGGGAUUAUGAAAAGCCUGCAAGUACAUCAGCACACGAUGUCCUCCUUGAAUUAUCUCAAACACUAAAUUCUGUGAUAGAAGGGAAGAAUGCUAUGACACCAGAAGAGAUUUUACACAAUAUCUCGUAUAAGGUUGCCCAAGGAAUUGGUUUAAAAGGGGGACUUUACGAAUAUGUUUACCAUAAUUCCUCUUUUUCUCCAAGCAAACGAUCAAUUUUAAAUGAUAAGAAUUCGUAUCUAUCAAGUAAUAAAAAUUCUUCGCCGAAAAUCAAUCCAGUAAACUCAAAGCUUUACAAUAAUACAGGACAAUUUUAUUUGCACAAUCCAUGGUACGCUUGCUUAUGCAGUUGUAAACAUACUCAUAGAUUUCUAUCGUCUUUUAAAAAUGAUGAACAAACCAAGAUGAGCGAUGAAUCAGAAAAAAAAGAAAAUCCUAUUAUGCUUUUGAUGGAUAAUCACUGUCAAAGAACAAAUUCAGAGUUAAUGUUGCAGAACAAUAAAAAUAUUUUUGAACCGCAUGUUUGUAAAUGCUUAAAUCGUUCAAUCGUUGGCAAUAAAGAAAUAAAACAUAUAUGUGUGAAUCGUGGUAUUAAAAGUGAAAGGAAAGGAACAAUUAAUAUUAAUGAAGAAAUCAAACAAGAUCGGAAUAAAGUUAUUUCUAACAAACCAGAAUAUUCUAUGCAGUUGGAGUGCAGUAAUGGUGAUUCGUUCAACAAAGGUAGAAUCUUCUCGUCCAACAAAAAUAAUUGCGAUUAUCGUAUGCAAGGAUUUGCCGAAGAUUUAGAUUUCACACUUGACGUUUCACGAGCGGAACGUUUAGGUCGUGUAAUUGCAAAAGCAAAACGAAAACGACAAUGGUGCAGAGCUCUAACCGCCUUCUUCGGACUAGUCUUCUUUAUUUUAAGUGUCGUUAUUGUUUCUUUAUCCGUAACAAAAGGACGUAAAGUAUUUGGAAGUAUGUAAUUUGAUUUAUAAAUCAAACAAAUUUAAUUAGAAUAUUUUUGUAAUUCUAGUAAAAAUACUGACUGA